AUGGAGGCCUUCAGCAAUAUGGGAAACCACCUGGUUUCCAACUCCGCUGCCGCCAUCAAUGCCACCGACGAUGUAUCCACCCUCGACCCCGAUGAAAGCGUCCUUAGCCUGGCCCAGGGUCCCCGUAGACGCCAGCACGAUGACGACGAUGACGAGUCCGAGAGUGUGGAGGAGGACGAUCUGGAGAGCCUGGCCAGCGCUGCCGUCGACGGGAAGAAACAACCCACUAAGCCCCAAGACCUUGAGCCCGAGAAGGAAUUGCCUCCACAUGCUUGCGCCUAUUGCGGCAUCCACAACCCAAGCACCGUCGUCCGCUGUCUUAGCUGCUCCAAGUGGUUCUGCAGCGCCCGUGGGAACACCUCUUCCUCGCACAUCGUCAACCACCUGGUCCGUGCCCGCCACAAGGAAGUCCAACUACAUCCUAGCAGCUCUCUCGGCGAUACCGUGUUGGAAUGCUACAACUGUGGGACCAAGAACGUAUUUCUCCUCGGUUUUAUCCCUGCCAAGUCAGACACUGUCGUUGUCCUGCUCUGCCGUCAGCCUUGCGCCGCGAUGCCUUCCUCCAAGGAUAUGAACUGGGACACCUCCAGAUGGCAGCCUCUGAUUGAGGACCGAUCCUUCCUCUCUUGGCUUGUCGCUCAGCCCACCGACCAGGAACAAUUACGCGCCAGGCAUCUCAGCCCUCAGAUGAUCGCAAAGUUGGAGGAAUUGUGGAAAGAAAAUGCCCAAGCCACAAUUACCGACUUAGAAAAGUCCGCCAACAUCGAUGAUGAACCCGCCCCCGUCCUCCUUCGCUACGACGACGCCUAUCAAUACCAGAACGUGUUUGGCCCACUCGUCAAGAUCGAAGCCGAUUAUGAUCGAAAGCUGAAGGAAAGCCAGUCCCAGGAUAAUCUCACCGUGCGCUGGGAUGUCGGCUUAAACAACAAACACCUUGCAAGUUUCGUUCUCCCAAAGUUGGAGCUCGGGGAUGUCAAGCUAGCAGUCGGUGAUGAAAUGCGACUGAAGUAUGCUGGUGAACUGCGACCUGUCUGGGAAGGCGUGGGCUAUGUCAUCAAGAUUCCUAACAACCAGUCUGACGAAGUCACCAUCGAGCUACGCUCCAAAGGCGAUCACAAGUCUGUCCCCACCGAAUGCACGCACAAUUUCACCGCCGACUACGUCUGGAAAGCUACAUCCUUCGACCGAAUGCAGCUGGCCAUGAAGACAUUUGCCAUCGACGAGAUGAGUGUCUCUGGCUAUAUUUUCCACCGCCUCCUGGGCCACGAAGUUGCCGCUGCCCCCAUGAAAACUCAAUUGCCCAAGAAAUUCAGUGUCCCAGGCCUCCCUGAACUCAAUGGCAGCCAGAUCAAUGCUGUCAAGUCGGUUUUGCAAAAGCCCCUAAGCCUGAUCCAAGGUCCUCCGGGGACAGGAAAGACGGUCACCUCCGCCACCAUCAUCUACCACCUUUCAAAGACCAAUGGUGGGCAGGUCCUAGUCUGUGCCCCAUCCAACGUGGCUGUGGAUCAACUUUGCGAACGAGUCCAUCGCACUGGUCUCAAGACCGUUCGAGUCACUGCCAAGUCACGAGAAGAUGUUGAAUCACCGGUGGGCUUUUUGUCCCUACACGAGCAAGUCCGAAUCAAUGACAGCAAUGUUGAGCUUACUAAGCUCAACCAGCUUAAGUCGGAACUGGGAGAAUUGUCGAGCCAAGAUGAGAAGAAGUACAAAUCCCUGACCCGGGCUGCAGAGCGAGAAAUCCUCACGAAUGCCGAUGUCAUCUGCUGCACCUGUGUUGGCGCUGGUGAUCCGAGACUGGCCAAGUUCAAGUUUCGAACCGUGCUCAUUGACGAGUCCACUCAAUCAGCUGAGCCCGAGUGCAUGAUUCCAUUGGUUCUUGGCUGCAAACAAGUGGUCCUGGUAGGCGACCAUCAACAGCUUGGUCCGGUCAUCAUGAAUAAGAAAGCUGCCAAGGCUGGACUCAACCAGUCUCUGUUUGAACGCCUGGUCAUUCUUGGGUGCGCCCCCAUUCGUCUCAAUGUCCAGUAUCGCAUGCAUCCAUGCUUGUCAGAAUUCCCUUCGAACAUGUUCUACGAAGGAUCACUUCAGAACGGAGUGACCAUGCAAGAUCGCCUGCGCAAGGACGUGGAUUUCCCGUGGCCUGUGGCCGAGUCGCCCAUGAUGUUCUGGUCCAAUCUUGGUAACGAAGAAAUCUCGGCCUCGGGAACUUCUUAUCUCAACCGGACCGAAGCGGCCAAUGUCGAGAAGAUUGUCACGAGGUUUUUCAAGGCUGGCGUCAAACCAUCUGGGAUUGGUGUCAUCACUCCGUACGAGGGCCAACGCAGCUACAUUGUCAGCUCGAUGCAGGCAAACGGCACAUUUAAGAAAGAACUAUACAAGGAGAUCGAAGUCGCGUCAGUGGAUGCGUUCCAAGGCCGAGAGAAAGAUUUCAUCAUAUUGUCCUGUGUUCGCUCCAAUGAUCAUCAAGGAAUAGGCUUUUUGAGUGACCCCCGCCGUCUCAACGUCGCUAUGACUCGAGCGAAGUUCGGGUUGGUGAUUCUUGGUAAUCCCAAGGUCCUUUCGAAGCACCCGCUCUGGCAUUAUCUCUUGUUGCACUACAAGGAGCGAAAUUGCCUUGUGGAAGGCCCUCUGACCAAUCUCCAAAUAUCUCUCCAUCAAUUCAGCCGGCCCAAGCAGUCCUACCGUGGGCCUCAGCGAUACCAAAUGGCUUACAAUCACGCGAGUCACAUGGCCAAUGGUAUGAUGAAUGGGCGAGCUCCUCAACGUGGGGAAUAUCGCGAGGGUGGCUCGGUUGUAGGCUAUAUUCCGGAUGAUGUGUCGUCGAUUCAUUCUUCCGCAAUUGGCGGCGUUGGUGUCCCUGCUGGUUACCCUCCCAUGUUCCAAGGGUUUACACCCGAUAAUUGGCCCUCGGUCUCGGGGGUCAAUGGCCGUCGUCCGAAUGGCGUCAAACCAAGACCUUUUACUGCCAGCGUGGCGGGUGAGUCGACGGUGGCAACGGAGUCGGAUAUCACUGGUAGUGGUAUUGGAGGCGUCACGCUGGACCAAUUGUCCAUUCACGAUACCAACAAGCCGGCGAGCUACAACCAGGCCGAUCGUUUGAAGAGGUACGUCGAGGGGGGCGGUCCCAACAUCGGGUAUCUUGGGAAUCAUAAGGUCGGCAAAGGCAUUCACGAGGAUGAGGAUGCAAGGAGUGUAUCGACUGCUUUUGCUAGCCAAAUUGGGGGUGGGUACGACUGA